AUGCGUUUCCUGUCCUUCUGCACCAGUGCGGCAUGGGCUGCCCCGGCUGCUGCUGCUGCUCUUGCUGUUGGGGACCGCCAGAGCCGCCUAGUUGGCUCAACGAAACACGACAAUGAUUACGACCUCGAUCCUUCUGCCACCUUCUCCUUUGCGGGCAUCACAACAUUUGCAAGACUUCCCCAGGUCCAAUGCUUGAUGGAAAGUGGCCCGGUUGACGACAUUCUGGUCUUGGGGUUCCCAUUUGACACGGCCACCUCGUUCCGCACCGGCACCCGGUUUGGGCCCAACGCCGUCCGUCAAGGUUCUCGGGCGGCGACUCUUGCUGGUCUGUAUAACUACCGCCAGUCCAUCAACCCCUAUGUCCAGAACAUAUCCAUUGUCGAUUGCGGCGAUCUUCCCAUAUCACCCUUUGACAACGGCUUGGCCUUCGCCCAGAUGGAAGAUUGGUACAAGCGGCUGCUAUGGCGUGAGGUCAAGUCCGCAGAGAAGGGAAUCAGGUCUUCAAAGACGGGUCGAGUCCAUCCCCAAAUUGUCGCCAUCGGUGGGGACCACAGUAUUUCUUUGCCAAUUCUGCGAGCUUUGAACACCGUCUACGGCAAAGUGUCCACCAUUCACAUUGAUGCACACAUCGACACGUGGUCGCCCAAGGUCUUUGCAGGAGCCAAAGCCGGCAGCAAACAGGCCGAAUUUGCUGAUGGCACUCCCUACUAUUGGGCCGGCAUGGAAGGCUUGUUGACAACCACGAAUGUCCAUGCCGGAAUCCGGAGCAGUCUGGAUUCUGAAAAGGACAUGGAUCUGGAUGCCGAGAUGGGGUUCACCACCAUACCGGCAUGGGAAAUGCUCAAGAGAGAUGGCGUAUGGGGGGUCAUUGACAAAAUUCGCGCCGUGGUACCCCACGACAAGCCGGUCUACGUGUCCCUCGAUGUGGACAGUCUCGACCCUGCAUUUGUCCCAGGCACUGCUGGCCCGGCUUCUGGAGGAUGGACUCCAAGAGAGAUCAUUCAGAUCAUCAUUGAUGGGUUGGAGGGACUGAAUAUUGUCGGCGUGGAUGUCGUCGAGGUUCUUCCAAGCCUUGAUCAGGCCGAGAUCACGGGUAUAGCAGCUGCCGAGUUUACAAUCGAGCUUAUCACCAGACUGGUCCGAAACAGAAUCGGUCAGUGA